GUAAAACCCAACACCUACCAAUGGACCUGUCGUCUCACCUUGAUUGAAAAACAAAACAUACGCACAGCGAAGACGUCACCAAUGAAGUUCAUGCCGAUGAUAUUGCAGGACUCUACUGGAACCAAAGUCCAGGCCACUGCAUUCCAGGGUGAUAUAGAAGGGAUUGAUCAACGUCUUUCCGUGUACUCCACGUACCUCAUCUCGAACGCUUAUGUGAAACCUGUGACUCAAAUGCGCUACUGCAUUGACGUUAACUACCCUUAUGUAUGGUCAUUCAAUCGGCGAACCCUGAUACAAGAUGUCGAUGCGCCAGAAGGGGUUGAUUUUCGUGAGAUUGCUGAAUCAGAAACUGCAGCAUUCCGCGAUAUCUUUGACAGUUAUCAACAUGCCACACGUAUCAAUAUCUUGGGUGCAAUUGUAAAGAAAUUACCCCGCACCUUUAUUGUUUCCGAUGGGAAACAGCGGACUGCUUGGGAUGUUGUUGUUAUAAACGAAGAGUGCAUCCCUCUCCCAUUUACUAUGUGGGAGGAAUUUGUCAGCAAGCAUGGUGGUGAAAUCGAAAAGCUUCUGAACUCGGGUGGUUACCCCCUUGUCCUCAUCAACAGGGUUGCGAUCAACCUAUUCCAAGGUCUAGCGUUGUCUACUAGAUAUGACUGCCACAUGGAACUCAACCCUGACGGCGCUCGUGCUCUGUCAUUAAAAAAAUGGGUGGAUGGGAAUGCAAUCAAGAUUGCCACAUUGGUGCAGGAUAAAGCGUACAAUGAUGCACUUUCAAUCAUUUCAAAGCCUCUUGCGCAACCACGAAGCACCCUUUCAGGCUUAGAAACUGGAUUACUUGAGGUUAUUGUUGUAUGGGUAUUAGGAAAGUUUAGUUUGGUUGAUACCUCCCAAGAGUUCUUCUACAUUGGUUGUAACUACUGCAAUCGCAGAGUCUACGGUCCUGAAGGCAUAACUUUCCAAUGUCUGUUCUGUGGGCAAAAGCUCGGCACAACUACGAAGCGGUAACUCCCACAGUAACACCACACAGUAUGGUUUCCUUGCAUUCUAUUACUAAUAUCUUAAAUAAUAUUCAGAUUCAGGCUUGAUGCUUACCUCACUGAUAGCACCGCUUCCAUUGCCGUCACACUUUUCACCAAUGACAUACUUGCCCUUUUUAAGUAUGCAUGCAUGGACCCUAAUGUAGCCACAAACUUGGAAGACUUUGACGCAAAAUUGCAAACACUGAACAUUGUGGCUGGCAUAAAACACUCAAAGCCCAAUGAGGAAGGAAUUCAAACAAACCCUUACACUGUUGUCUUUGUCUCCCAAGAAUUACCCACCCUGGCUGCCUCCCCUCCUAUUACCAGUCCCCCACCACUCUCAUCCUAUGCAACCUCUUCUCAAGCUAAACGAAAACUAGAUUUCGAAUCACCUACUGACCUACCUCCCGAAUGCUCUGCUAUUUCUACUCUUCCGGUACACCAUGAGGCUGAGACUGAAGAAUCACUGGGAAAUCUGCGUGGCAAAAGAACUAAGGAUGGCAACACUUGAACCCCAACAAAUGCUAUGGUUUGCUACAUCGAAAAAAAUGCUAUUACAAUAGUAUGCACAUAUUUGUAAAUUAGUGCACGGGCAACACAUCAAACUUUAGUAAGCCCAUCUGUUUUGCUCAAACUCAUGGUCUGUAUAAUAGGUAGAAAAUAAGAGUUUCUGACUAACAUUACUUGCUGCCAAAUGAUGCAUGUACAUCUUUGUUUUUGCACAAACUGGGCUAUUGGCUCCUACUUUGCAGGUUUAAGGGAUUAUGCUGUAUAUUAGCUGUUUUUGACAAACGGUUUUACCCCAGUCUUUGGCUCUAUGAAUGUUAUGUCCUUGUAGAUUCCGUUUUAUUUAAUGCACUGUCAUGGUAUUGUUAGGUUCAGCUGCUUAA